AUGGUGGAAGGUGGUGAUGAUUCAGAUAAUGAGUCGAUUAAAAGCCAAAAAAGUGGAAAUAAGUGUGACUUAUGUGGGGCAAACUACAAGUCAAGUGUUAAGUGUACUAACUGCCAGAUAACUGUUCACAAAAAAUGUUUUGAAGCCUUUUCAAAGUAUGUAAAACUCAAUAAAAAUGAUUGGUUAUGCAAAUCGUGUGAAUCAAAAAGUGUAAAAGCCGGAAUGGGCAGUGUUGAAUCAUCAAAGUUGGAGUAUUUAAACCGUGAGUUAGAUUUAAUGAAGAAAUUACACAAUGAAAUGGAAACAAGUAAUUUAUUAUUAAAAUUAAGGUUAAAGGAUUGCGAUGAACAAUAUAGAAAUAUUUGUCAAGUAGAAAAUAAUUCAAAUAAUUUAAGCAAUAAUCAAAUCUUAACUACCAAGCAACAGAUGUCGCGUAAAGCAACUUUUGCCGACAUUGCAAAAAAAGAUUCAGCUGUACUUGUCAUUGAAAGCAGAAAUACUAAUACCGGAAUUGAAACUGUCAGACAAUUAAUCCAGUUCAACUUGGUCCAGAAAUAG